CGGUAGAAUUAGGUUAAAUCUAGGCAGAAGUUUUGGAUUGCUAACUAUGCAGAAAAUAUUCUCAUUCUUUCCGUAGUUCCCAGGUUUCCAUCUCUUAUUCAGUGAAUUGUAAGGGUAUGGAGACAGAUAGAACAUGGAUGUAUUUACACAGGCUUUCACCAAAGUUCAAGAAUGGCUUAACUGAUUUUCUUGAUAAAGCUUUUGCUAAAGUCGCUCGUGGUGUUCAAAUUCUUUGCCCAUGCAAAGAGUGUCAAAAUCGAUAUUGGUACCGUAGGGAUGAGGUGUGGAAUCAUGUAAUAGCAAAGGGAUUUGUGAAAAAUUAUUUGAAAUGGAACUUUCAUGGAGAAGGGCAUAUGUCAACUGAUUCUGCAACCUUUGAAAAAAGUCCGAUGUAGCUCCAUAUGACAACAUUGAAGAUCUUUUAGGUGAUAGGUUUAGAGACAUUCAUGACAAUGAGAACCAAGAAGGGAUGACCGAAGAUGCAAAAAAAAAUUAUAAUUUAUUGGAGGAGGCAAAGAAGGAAUUGUAUCCAGGAUGUAAAAACUUCACAAUUCUAUCGUUCACAAUUCGCCUUUUACUUUUCAAGACAAUCAAUGGGUUGAGCAACACGGCAUUUUCGGAACUAUUAGUUCUUUUUAAAGAAGUGGUUCCUGAUGGAAAUUUUCCGAAGUCUUUUAACGAAGCGAAGAGUAUGGUAAAGGACAUAGGACUUCAUUACGAAAAGAUACAUGCAUGUUCUAAUGAUUGCAUGCUCUACUAGAGAGGGGAUGCUAAUCUAGAGUCAUGUCCUAAGUGUCAUACCUCUAGAUGGAAACCGCGUGACAACAAAAAUUAUAAACAAAAAGGGAAUGUUCCAACAAAGGUUUUAUGGUAUUUUCCAUUAAAACCAAGGUUGAGAAUGUUAUAUAUGUGUUCAAAAACUGCUGAACAAAUGACAUGGCAUGAUACAAAACGUCCAAAGAAUGGUAAGCUUAGACACCCUGCUGAUGGUGAUGCUUGGCAAAAAUUUGAUUCGUUGCAUCCUACUUUUGGAAAGGAAGGUAGAAAUGUGAGACUUGGGCUUGCGAGUGAUGGAUUUAAUCCGUUUCGUACAAUGAGUAUUGCUCAUAGCACCUGACUGGUAGUGCUGAUCAAUUAUAAUAUUCACCCUUUAUUGUCUAUGAGAUCAGAAUAUUUGAUGUUGUCUUUAUUGAUACCGGGACCACACUCUUCUGGGAAUGAUAUUGAUGUGUAUUUGCAGCCCUUGAUAGCGGAUUUAAAUUACAUGCUGCACUAUUGUGGACUGUAAGUGAUUUUCCUGGUUAUUCAAUGCUCCCAGGAUACAAAACGAAAGGUAAAUUUGCAUGCCCCGAGUGUAACUACAAUACUGAUUCAAUGUAUCUCAAGCAUAGUAAGAAGAUUGUUUACAUGGGUCAUCGUAAAUUUCUGGAUGCGGAUGAUCCAAAGAGAAACACAAGAAUAACUGUUGAGAAGAGGACAGAACCAAAGCCAUUAUCUGGAGUAGAUAUUCUGGAUGAUUUAUCCUCAUUUAAUAAUGUUUUUGGCAAGUCACAAAAGAGAAAAUCAGAUUGUAGUUGCGCUUGGAAAAAAAGGUCUAUAUUCUUUGAAUUACCAUAUUGGAAAUUCAAUGAAUGUCGACAUAAUCUAGAUGUGAUGCAUAUAGAGAAGAAUAUUUGUGAUUCUUUAGUUGGAACAUUAUUAGACAUUCCCGGAAAAACUAAAGAUCACACAAAAGCCCGACUUGAUCUUGUGGAACUUGGCAUUAAAAAAGAGCUUCAGCCUGUUCUUACUGGUGACAGCAAACACAUUAUUCUGAAAAAGGCUCGGUUUUCACUUUCCACUGAAGAAAAAGAGUUGUUUUGUCUUGCUCUGAAAGGAGUUAAAUUACCCUAUGGUUGUGGAUCAAAUAUUUCACAGUGUGUUCACGUUUCAAGUCUCAGGUUAUAAGAGUCAUGAUGCUCAUAUUAUUUUACACUUCUUACUGCAAGUCGCAAUAAGAAGGUGUUUGCCUAAACAUGUUUCCAUACCUUUAAUUAGGCUUGGUUCAUUUUUUCAAAAGGUAUGCAGUAAAGUAUUUUCACGUGAGGAUCUUGAUCUUUUGGAGUUAGAAAUCAAGGAAGUAUUGUGUGAUCUUGAAGAAAUAUUUCUUCCAUGUUUCUUUGAUAUAAUGAUCCAUUUGCCUAUUCAUUUGGUGAGAGAGAUUAGAUUAUGUGGACCUGUGCCAUACCGAUGGAUGUAUUUUAUGGAGCGAUAUCUAUGCAAGUUAAAAGCAUAUGUGCGUAAUAAAUGUCGUCCAGAAGGUUCUAUAGCUGAAGGGUAUCUGAUGGAAGAAUGCUUGACGUUUUGUUCUCGUUAUUUACAAGACGGUGUGAAUAGAAAGCUGCAUUAUGCACCUAAUACCACUCACAUGGAUGACAACACCGAGAAUGCUCUAUUUAAGGUUGCUGGAUAUACCGUAGUGGGGGUGAAAAGAAGAAAAUGGAAGGCAUUCACCUUAGAUGAUAAGACUGCUGCACUUGCACACCGUUAUCUUUUGUUCAACUCAGAUAGUGAAGAGCUGGAAGAUUUAGUGCGAGAACAUCAGGAUCAGGUGUGUAGAACUAAAAAACGAAGUAGAUGGGCACAAGAGCAUAAUCAUAGCCAUGAAUUCAGCACUUGGUUAAAGGAUAAAGUCUUACAUCACUGUGUGUCUGACAGUAUAUUUUGGUUAGCUAAAGGCCCAUGUCCCAGUGCAAACAGAUAUACUGAAUAUUUUGUGAAUGGUUACCAUUUCUGUAUGAAAGGUUGUGAUGAGAGAUGCAAAACUCAGAACAGUGGAGUGACAGUAACAGCAAUAACAAAUAGUUUUGCAAGUUCUAAAGACAAGAAUCCAAUCAUUGGUGAAGUUGUCUAUUAUGGUGCAAUAUUGGAUAUAGUUGAAUUAAAUUAUUGGUCAAAGUUCAAGAUUGUUUUGUUCUAUGCGAGUGAUACCAAAUAGAGAAAGAUGAAUUUGGUCUCACUUGUAUUAACUCUACCAAGUUUUGCUCUUCAAAUGAUCCUUUUGUCAUGCCAUCUCAAGUGCAUCAAGUGUUUUAUGUGAAAGAUCCUAUUAAUAAUGAGCUAUGUUAUGUUAUGGAAAAAAUUCCUAGGGGUUUUUUUGGCAUAGAGGCGGAGAUAGAUGAAGAGGCUGAAAAUAACUAUUGGCAGGAAGAACCUUUGGAUCGUAGAGCUCUUAUUUUUCCAGAUAAUUCAAUUGACGAAAUAAAUGAUGCUAGAGAGGAUGUAGCUCCAAUUAUUCUCGACGCUUAUGCGGAGACUAUAAAUAUUGGACAACCCAGUAAUGAAGUUGAGAAUGACUCGGAUGAUGAUGAUGAUACGUUGUGGGAUUGGAUGCACGCCAGUGAUGAAGAAGAUCAAUAAUUUAAUUCUGUUUCCAUUUGCUUAUAACAAUUUUUGCAAGAGUUUAUCCUUCUUUUUGUCAUUUAAUAGAAAACAUUUGUGUUGUUCUUUUGUUCUACUUACGUGAUAAGAUUAUUUUAUAGGUUAUUGAUAUUGCAGCAUUACAUUAUUAAAAAGUUUAGUUUUAGUUUUUUGAGGAAUGUACUGCUCCUUUGUGUAGCUUUAGUUAAUAGAGAUUGUGUCUUCAUAAUAAGGACAUGUGAUUCUUACUACAUUUAAGUCCUAUGGUAAUCGUUUCAUCAUAAGGAUAUGCAAUUCUUAUUGAACUUUAAGUUCUAUGGUAAUGUACUGUAAUAUAUAUAAUUCUUUCUUAUUCAGGGGUAGAUGGAGAAAUUCGGCAAUGAUAACAUUGCAAGAAAUAUAGCAAAAAAGCGAACAUCAGCUGCCUGUGAAAGACGUUUGACAGACUAUGAAAUUCAACGACAGGAGCAAAUUCGACAGAACAAGGAAGAAAUGGUCAAACUAAAGCUUACAAAUAUCUGUAAAUCACUCACAAGUUUGGUGGAUAGUGAGAAUGGAAAAAAGAGAAAACAAAAGGUCAAAAAAGAUGAUCCUAACUAUAUUCCAACAAAUGAAGAAAACGACUCUUUUGAAAUAGUAGAAGGUGCAAACCAUUCGAAAAAGGUAAUUUUUAUUCAUUUCAUAACUAUUUUCUUUUAUGUUCAGUUUAUACAUCUAAUGUGUGUGUUUUUAAGCAAAAGCAAAAGUGUAUUGCACCUUUAGCACUUCACAGAGUUUUAAGGAAUAAGAAACCUCAAGGAAUGCCAAGGAAUACAUCUCAAGAGCAGAUUGAUCCAAUGAAAAAAGUAACAUCUCAUGAUGCAGCUGCUACUGUGAACAAAGAUAAUCCUAGCACCAGCUUUCAAAAGAAAUCUGGACACAAUAACAAAGUCAAGAGUCUAGCAGGUGACGCAGGUAGCCGUAUGGCUGAUUUCUUAAGUAAGAUACGGGAAGGAACAAAUGAAGAAUCACUACAAGUGAUGCCAUCACGCUCGGAGGCUCAAGAUUACACUUUAAGGAAUAAGAAGCCUCAAGGAAUGUCAAGGAACACAUCCCAGGAGCAGAAUAAUCUAAUGAAAAAAGUAACAUCUCAUGAUACAGCCGCUGCAAUGAACAAAGAUGAGCCUGGCACAAGCUUUCAAAAGCAUUCUGGACACAAUAACAAUGUCAAGAGUCUAUCAGGUGACUCCAGUAUUUAUUUGGCUGAUUUCUUAAGGAAGGUACGUGAAGGAACAAAUGAAGAAUCACUACAUGUGAUGCCAUCACGCUUGGAGGCUGGAGUUGAGUUUCAAACAAAUAACCAUCAUGUUGAAUAUGAAGUGCAAGGGCAUUCAAAUAUGGAUGCGUGGACAGCUGAAGAGAUUUUUGGUAGCGCUGUGUUUGAUCGAACAGGAGAUGGAGAUAAAGAUAGCGAAGAUGAUGACGAUGCCAUGACUUAUGACCAUGUUGAAGAUGGAGAGAAUGGUGAUGAUCUAAAUGAAGAGGUUGAGCUCGAAAAUGAUUUAACUAUAGAUGAAGGGCAACAAGGAUCAAAUUCUAUGGAAAAGAAGAAAAAAACAAGAGGUCCUACAAUGAUGCAUGCAGUGCAUACGCGCGAACAACGUGAAUGCAUCAUAUUAAACAGGUUUGGCCAACCUAUUGGACCCGAUGACAAAACAUUGAAUGAGUUCUCAUCAUUCUUGGGAACAAUAGCUCACAACUAUGAGUUUGCACCACUUGUUAUCAGUACUUGGUGUCGUAUGCCAAGCAAGGAGAGGAUGUGGCAAUAUGUACUAGCAAAAAAUGGGUAAUGAGUACAAUUGGAUCAGCAUGGAGGGUGCACAAGUGUCGGUUUAAGAAAAAGCUUUGCACACACUAUGGAGAUGAAAAGACUAGAUGGCAAAACCGACCAAAAGAGAUCCCUGAAAGAGAUUUCGGGAGACUCUUAAAAUUAUGGAAGUGUACAGAUUACCAGAAACGAUGUGCUAUCAACAAGGGCAAUAGAAGUCUUCGAAAGGAUAACCACACAACCGGCCGUGUGUCUUAUGCCAGAAUUCGUGCAAAAUUGUUACACGCAAAAGAACCGAGGGACGUGAAUAUAAAACUUCUUAUGAAGAGACCGCUUCAAAAAUUUGUAUGGCUGUUUUUUUUAUUUUUCAAAAAAUCAGCAGUUAGCCAGAAAACUCAAUUUAGAGGAUACGGUUGUAUGAGGUAUGUGCUCCUGAUUUUUAUAAUGAUCAUUAAGGAGGAUAACAAGUUGUUUGUGUUCUCGACUAUUCUGGAAGCACUCAAUUGAGUACUGGAGUUUGUAUUUGGUCAUAUUUUAUCCUCCACUUCCAUGUGUCCCAAAUUUAAUCCUAUUUUAUUUUUGUUGUCCAACCUCUCUUAAGUUAGAGGGUGUUUCUAUCCUCUCUUAAGUUAGAGGGUUUUUCUGCUGCCAAGAGGAAUGCUUCUUUGUUUCACUUAUUACUUUUUAUAUUGAUUUCAAUAAUGGGGAAGACAAUAUCUAUUAUUUGGGGAUGUUAAUAGAGUAUUUCAGUUUGUAGUCGUAGAUCAUUAAACCAAGUAUGUCAGUUUUCUUGAAAAAUGACUUGACUGGAAUAACAAGAAUGAGAUGUCUUAGGGCUUGUAAAACUCCAUGUUGCUGUAAAAAUAACCAGCAUAAAGGCCUGGGAAUAUUUUGUCCCUUACUGUUGUAAAAACUUUGUUAAUAGAACUGAUUUAAUUGAACUCUGAUCUUCUUCUUCUUCUUCUUCUUCUUCUUCUUCUUCAUAUAAGCAUAUUUAGUUAUGGUAUACUAUAAACUGCACAUUUAGAAUGCGUUGUAUAUAUCUACCUUUUGAAAACUGGUAUUCCUCUAUGGAGGCAAAUAAGAUUCUCUAUAUGGUGUAUUGUUUUAUAUUGUAGGUUGAGAUGCGGGAUCAUGAGGCACAAAAUAUAGACAAAUGUGAAGGUGCAAUUGAUGGAAAUUCCGUUGUUAUGUCCCUAGAGAGAAAUGGUAGUCCAAUAAUGUGUGGAAGAGGUGUUACCAAAAAAGUCAUUGCUAAGGCAAAAGAGGCUGAACAAUCUGAUUCAAUGACACCAAAUGAUAUGAAUACAAUUAUGAGCACUUUGAGGAAGGAGUUUGAAGAAGAAAAUGAGAAAAAGAAUGCUGAAAUAGAACAAAUGCGCCAGGAACGUGAGAUUGAGAAACAGAAAAUGAAUUUGGUUCUAUCAAAGCUUGCUGCAUUGAUUCCAGAUCUUGAUCCAGCUUCACUUGAAUUAUAGAAUUGAAGAAAUGAAGUUAUCCGCCUAUUUGGUUCCGGCCAAUUAGAAGAUUUUUAGUUGCUAUUAGAAGUAUGCUCUGAUAUUUUGGUUUUCUUUUCAAAUUGGACAAUGUUAGUUUUUUGUUUAUAAUACAUUAUUCGAGAUGCUUGUAUUCAAUAUAUUCAUUCUAGUAUAACAUGUGUUGGAUAUUUCAUCAAUACAGAUUAUGAGUAUUUUAAUACUUGAAAUAUUGUUAUUGUAUACGAAGUAUAAAAUUUGUAUAAUAGGCAUGUUGUUUUAUAUGUGAACAUGUAGCUCAAAUUA